AUGGGGUGCUGCCGGCUGCGGAGGCGCUGGUCGCAAAGCUGGAGGAGCAAAGACUCUCCUUCGAUCGCGUCACCUACCACACCCUCAUCUCCCUCUACAGCAAAGCCGAUAUGCCCCGGCGAGCUCUUCAGGUCCUCGAGUCUAUGCGGGCCUACUGCCAGAUACAAUGCUGCUAUCCGCUCAUUGUCGGGCGAUGAGGCGAACUUCCCUGAGGCCUGGGAGACGGCGACAAAGUUGUUCAGGCAGAUGACCUCUGAUGAAUUGCAGCCAGACAAGGGCAGCUUCAACGCGCUUCUCAGCGUUUAUGGCAACGCUUCCAGGUGGACCUCAGUCUUGCAGGCGGUAGAUGCCAUGUGUCAGGUUCCAUGGGUUUCACCCGACGUCAUCACCUGGAGUACUGCAGUGGAUGCUUGUGGACGAAGUGCACGAUGGGAGGCUGCUUCAUACCUGAUGUACAGCAUGAGGCGCCUGAAGCUUGAAGCCAACGUCGUGGUUUGGAGCGCUCUGGUCAAGGCGUAUGACCGAGCUAGCCACUGGGACCGAGCCAUUGCCACGGCAGUGAGGAUGAUGCACCCUGGCCGGCAGCGGCGCGCGCUGCCAAGGCCCAAUGCAGUUGCUUUGACCAGUGCCGCCAGCGCUUGUGCCAAGGGCCAAGCCUGGCAGCCUGCGCUCGCAUUGCUGUGGACUGCCCAAAGGUGGCGUCUUCGGCCGAGCCUGACGGCCUUCAACACAGCACUGAGUGCCUGUGCCGCCAGCAAGCAGUGGCGGCAGGCCUUGGCCGGACUCGGAGGCUUGGGUCCGGCUGCAGACGUGGUGACGCGCAACGUCGUCCUGGCUUCGUUGGAGUUUUCGCGAAGAUGGGAGCAUGCUCUGGCACUUGUGGAGUCCAUGGUGAAAGAGGACUUCUGGCCAGAUAUCUUCAGCUUCAACAGCUUGCUCAGCACUUUCGAGAAGGCCGCGCAGUGGGAGCGCGCUGUGACGCUGCUCCUGCGGAUGUUGGAUUUCGUUGUCGCACCGGAUGACAUCAGCUGCAACGUGGUAGUGGCCAGCUGCCCCUUUGUUGAAGAAGAGGCGCGCUGGAUGCUCUUGGUUGCGCCUCCGCAGUGUCUUCCGCAGAAGAUGCACUUCUUCGACCGUUGGCAGAGGCCACCCAGCUGGCAGCAGGAGCCCUGGCCGAACGAUGGGCGCGCGCUGCGGGACCCGAGCCGGGACACCCGGAUUGCUGAGAUCUCGGGAUCGCUCGGGCCGCAGAUGUGGGCAGAAGAAUGCAUGUGCAAAGGUCGGCAUGUGCAGAGACUGCAGAGACAGAUGUCCGAUGAGUUGUUGCAGAGACUUCGGGCGCUUCCCGCCGUUUUGCCAAGAGAAGCUUCAAUGCCUCAGUUGGUUGGGCUGGACACUUCGAGCGUGCCUUUGACCAACGAGCCAGGGGCCUGGGGUGACAACAGCCACUUGCGCGCCUUUGUCGAGUGUUACUCCGUGAUGGGGUUCGGUUUUGGCGAGCUUGGCAGUGGCAUGCCCAUGCAUCGUCGAGUCUUCGAGCUUGAGGUCCAGGCUCCAGUGCUGGCCGAGCUACACUCCGGAGGCCAAGCUUUGUCUCCCCUCGCGUCCAUUCCUGACUUGCAGAGUCUCAUAGUUGCGCUCCAUCCCAUCUUUCACCCUGGCCUCCGCCGCGAGGCUUGCCGAGCCUUCUGUUUUAGAGUGCUGUGGAAACUCCGUGGUGCGCUGCGUCCCGGGACCCAAGCUGCCAUGGUGCGAGCCAGGAGAUCGGGUGCUUUAGCUGUCGCCUUGACCGUGGCUUUGUGCGCCUUGGCUCAGGGCCCAGAGCCAGCGGGCUGCUGCAGUUCGCCGACGCGCAGCGAUCAGGGAGGCAUGGCCCUGAAGACAUUGGGUUUUACGGAGAGCUUUAACUCGGAGCCAUCGGAGGAGGAGCUGCCGGAGCUCAAGAAGGCCUACCGACAAGCCGUGCGCACAUCCCACCCGGAUGCCCCCGGCAGCGCUGAGAAGCUUCUGCUCGUGAAGGAAGCGUAUGACUUUCUCUUGAAUGCGCCCACUGUCACCGUCUGGGAUGAAGGCGUUCCAGUGAACGAGCGCAGGGGCUCCACCACGUACACCUCCCCGGGCCGCAAGUGGCCGCGCUACCCGCAGGAGCGACCAAAAGCCUGGAAGGGACCAAGGCGGGAGCUGAUCAUAGGCGGCGUGGUUCUCGGCACCCUGGUGGCCAUCGGCAUCGCCACCCAGGUGGUUUCCACAAAACCCCGAGACGACUACCUUGCAAGCAUGGGAGACAUGGAGGAGGGAGUCGAGGGUCUCGGAGGAUCCGAGAAAAAGUUACCACCACUUGUGAAGAGUGGUUCAUACAAGCUCGGAGAGGUCUAUCGGCAGUUUGCCGAUGAGUCCUCAAGGGUGAAGCGGCCCGUCCUCCUGAUGGGUGAGCUGCUGGCGGGUCGGCCGGGCUCCGGAACAGUGGAGCGCGCCACGUCUUUGGCUACGCUCUUGUGGUGCCCUCAGCUGCCGAAGUUAUCAGACCUUCACAUGAUUGCUCACACCUUAGCUCGGUUCGAGUCCAUCACGGCGGUGGUUUUGCAAGACGACGUACAAGCUGAGUUGAUUCUGGUGCCCGCACAGAAGACCUAUGUGGACUCUUCCGACCUGGAUCCCCUCGCAGCCAAGACCCUUGCAGAGAACAACUCUCCAGGUCUUUUCAUCUUCGACAUUACUCGUGAGCAAUGGGCGGAGCAGAAGGCACCGGCCCAGAGUGCCUUUUUGGCACUUGAGGAGAAGUCUUAUUGGUUAUGUAGGGGCCUAAAUAAUUACCAAUCCUAUUUUGUGGGCUCUUUGUAA